AUGAACAUCAUUGAGUCCAAUAGGGAAAAGGAGAGGAUAAGCCUACACAGCCAUAUUAGUGGCUUGGGGCUAGAUGCGGACGGGUUCGUGCAGGACUUGAACUUUGAGCAGAAAAAAAGGAAAAGCGGCAAAAUGGGCGUCAAUGGGCUGAUGAAUGGGCAGCCGAACGGGGUGAUAAAUGGGCAGCCGCACGGGGUGAUAAAUGGGCAACCGAACGGGAUGGUAAAUGGACACGCAAACCCCGAUGACGCAUUAUGUAACGAAUUCACGGGUAACGGAAUAAAGGCAAAUAGUGAACUUAAUGGGUACGCACACACAAAUGGGGAGUGCACUCAUCCCCAAGAAGAAAGUGACGAUGAAGUAUAUCGAAACUUUUAUAACUGCAAAGGAAUGAUUGGACAAAAAAAAGCGAGAGAAGCAGCAGGAAUAUUUAUCAAUCUAAUUAAGGAAAAAAAUAUAUGCAAAUGUUUGCUCUUAGCAGGACCCAGUGGAAGCGGAAAAACAGCCAUAGCUAUAGCUAUAAGCAAAGAAAUUAGCGAAGAUUCCAUCCCCUUUUGCAUCUUCAACGCAUCUCAGGUAUACUCUUGUGAAGUAAAAAAAACAGAAAUAUUAACUCAAUAUAUAAGGAAAAGUAUAGGCGUCCAUAUGCUAGACAUUGAAUGCUUCACUUACUUAAACCGAACCUUGGAAUCCAACUUGGCCCCCAUAGUCAUUUUGGCCACAAAUCGGGGAAUAUGCAACAUAAAAGGUACGAACAUCAUAUCCGCCCACGGAAUCCCCGUUGACUUGCUGGAUCGAAUCAUAAUUGUUAAGACGAUGUUGUACAAUAAGGAGGAAAUACUACAGGUUCUAAAACUGAGGUGCAAAUUUGAGAAAAUAAAAAUCGAAAACGAAGCCUUAAAUUAUUUGGCCGAUAUAGGCAUCCAGUGUUCCCUAAGAUACGCCAUUCAACUUUUAACCCCAGCGAAAAUAUUAUCCAAAAGAAAAGGGAAAAAACGGAUAAAUAAAAGCAUUGUAGAAAUCGUUUCCUCCAUUUUUUUUGACACAAAAAGAUCCACGCAGCUUCUCUUGGACGACAAAAAUAAAUAUUUGUAUUAG